AUGUCGUCAAAGAAUAUGACACUAGUUCUUUUCCAGAAAUUAUACCCUGAGCAUAAAAAAAGAAAGAUCGAAAAUUUCAUCAGCAAAGCUGCACAAUUCCUCGAAGAGAUACAACAUCCUGAGGGUUCAUGGUACGGAAAUUGGGGAAUUUGCUUCAUUUAUGGCACAUGGUUCGGACUACAAGGCUUAAAGGCUGCUGGCAAGACCUACAAUAAUUGCCUGGCUAUACGUAAAGGAGUUGAUUUUUUGCUUAAAACACAAAGAGAAGAUGGUGGUUGGGGAGAGAGCUACCUUUCUUGUCCCAAAAAGGUAUAUAUACCUAUGGAAGGAAAUCAAUCAAAUUUGGUACAUACUGCAAUGGCUUUGAUGGGUUUAAUUGUUGGUGACCAGGAACAUCUUUCCACUGUGGGCUCUAGCUGA